CUGCGUUAUACCUACUGUUUCCUUCUUCUAUCAAUCAUUGCAUGUGCUUUUCAGAUCAAAAAGCGAGUGAAUGGAGUGUUAGGACGGUUAUCGCGAGACGAACUCAAAGAGUUGUUACGACGCGACAUACAAGCAAUAGAUGACGUACUUGGCGAGAAGAAGUUUCUUUUCGGUGGAAAAAUGACCGUAACCGAUUGCGCCGUGUUUGCUCAACUGGCGGUCACCUAUUAUCUACCGUAUCGGCAGCUGAUCACAGAUCUUCUUGAUGACGAAUUUCCGCGAGUACGACAUUAUGUGCAAAGGAUUCGCAAUCAUUACUAUCCUGAAUGGAAGGAACAAUGA